CUCUACAGCCUCGUCUCUAUGGUCUAUAUCUAGAAACGUCGAAGCGUCGGGAACAAAAUGGCGGCCGGAUGGACAGAGAAAGAGAGCGGCUUCGCGCGCUUCGUGUGAUCAUUAAAGCCUCGCGAGAGUCUGCGAGAGUUUUGGAACGUGGGCGGGGCAGUUCGUUGGAAGGGGCGUGGCUAGCGUCUCUUAGCAACUCAGUAUUGUUGUCUCCGUCGCGGAGCGGAGAGGAGCUCCGGCUGCCAUUUGGCGCCUCCUCAGCCAUGUAUAAGCUGGACCAUAACCGGCAAGACUUGGCGGAGGCGAGCCGGCUCCAGCGGAGGCGCCAUGAGGAGCUGCGGAGGCAAAGCCGGCUCUUCGACGCCAGGGCCCGCACCAUCGGAAUCGACAAGGAAGCUUUGGAUACCCAAAUCAAAGACAGAAAGAUCCAAGAAGCCACUCAGAAGGCCCGCGACGAAGCGAUUGCUUCAGAAAUGAAACAGAAUGACAAGAUCCUCUGCAUGCUAGAUGAACGACAGAAAAAAGACACUCAAGUCCUAAACAAAGCUCUUAAUGAAUUUCGCCAAAAUUAUCAGCGUCAAGAAACACGGCGUGAAUUUGACUUGUCUGACCCACAAGGCUUAAAGAAAGAUACUCCUGCUCGUCUUGCUGACAGCGACCCUCGAUGUACCAUAUCUGGCUUGCAGAAGUUUAUGGGAGAAGACUUAAAUAGUCAGAAUAGGUGGAAAUUUCAGCAAGAACAAACAAGAGAAUGGCUUUUGGAACAGCACAAAGACUGGCAAAAUGCACUAGCAGAUAAAAAACAUGCUGAUGAUCUCGAUGACAAACACAGAAUUGAACAUGAUCAAAAAGUUAUGAACCUCCAAAGAAUAGAAGAAGAAACAAGACGAGCCAUUUGUGUUGCUACAAAUGAAUUCAACAAAGCUCUGGCUGCUGAAUCUAAAGAAAAAAGACUUCUGGAGAAACAGCAUGAAAAAGAAGCUAAUGUAGCUGAGAUUUCAAACCUGCUUAAAGGGGACCUGUUGUCUGAAAACCCACAGCAAGCUGUCAGCUCUUUUGGUGCACAUCGAGUGAUUCCUGACCGAUGGAAGGGGAUGAAUCAAGAUCAACUGAAAGAAAUACAUGAUAUUCAGAUGCAACAAGUUCUGGAGAAACUGAGGCUGGACGAAGAGGAACGUCAGAGAAAUGCAGAAUGGGACAGAAAGCGUAUUCAGACAGCUAGGGCAGAAAUACUUUGUGAACGUCAGCAGCAGCGUCAGAAUCGAGCUCUUCGAAGGGAAUUAGAUAAUGCUAAUGCACAGCUUUCCCAGGAGCAGAAAGCAAGACAUAUCUUGAUGAAGAAGUAUAUACAAAUUUUCCUUCUGGCCAGUACUACACACAGUUUAACACCACUAGUCGGUGAUGUUGGAGCAAAUAUUCACUUUCAAAUAUAUCUCUCUAUAUAUCUGUAUCUAUAUACUGUAUCUAGAAAGUUUGUCCUCUAUUAACGUCUUCAAAUAUCUAAUAAAGAAAUACUGAUCUUUUUGACAUAUAGAAGUAAUGAAAACCAGACUGUAGAGUUUUAUUUCUGUAAUUAUCAGGAGGAACUGUAGAAAUUAUAGAUUCAAAGUAUAAUUGAAUUUACAAAGAAGGAAUAAACUGGGCAAUAAAGUAUUAUUUAUAGUU